AUGCUGGCUUCCGACGCCAGCACCAACAGCACCCAGGCGUACAAGUGCCCGAAUCCCUACUCCUGCGCGAUGCCUCGCCACCAGAUGAUGAGGCCCUCGCUGACCAGCAGCACAGGGUUCAAGGAGGGCGCUUGCCCUUUUCUGCUCGUCGCCCCUCUCGUCACCUCCAGCGGGAUCCCCGACGAGGGCAGCUCCAUGUGCGCCACCGGCAUCGAUGCUUCAUCACUUGGCUGCACAAAAUGUGCCAAGGAUUUCGGGCGGAAAGAUAACGACCCGUUCUCCUGCGAGCCGUGCGGCAAGCUGGACUCGGCUAUGAAGUGGUGGGCCGCUUGGCUUGCGCAGCCGAUGAUUCUUUUUCUCCUCUCGAUGCGCAGCGCCGAGAACGCGGCGGCGUCCAGGGGGAUGGCGGCGGCGCUGGCCAAUGACGUGGUGAAGAUUGUUCUCGCCUACCUUUCCAGCAUCAGCGUGGUGGUCUCAUCUGUCACGUCCACUGACGCCUACCGCGAGCUGAAUGCCGCGGACCGUGCCAGGCAGACGCUGCGCCUGACCCGGCAGACGGCGCAGCGCGGCGACGUCACCUAUUCGUCAAGCAGCGACUGCCUGCUCAUGGACGGCCAGGGCGCCGCGUCCGUGAACCAGCUCGUGGCGCUCUCCCUGCAGAAGCCCGCGUGUGUGCUCGCCGUUGCCGCAGCCCUGAUCGCCAUCCGCGCCUGCGGCCGGGCCGCUUUCUCUGGCAGCACCUUGGACCUCAAGGAGCUCAGGGCCGAGGUCCUGAACAGCCUGGUCACGUGCUCGUUGGUGGCCGGCAACCAAUUCCUGCCGGGCGUGGCCGCGGCGGGCAUGCGCGCGCUGCCGUGCUUCCACAUGCAGACGGCCUUCGACGGGGAGGGCCCGCUGCAGUUCAUGGCGUACGAUCCCGACACGGCGUGCCGCGCUCACACGCGGUACCUGGCAACUUGCGGCCCCGCGCUGGCGUUCGCGUUCGCGGCCGGCCCAGCCUACUGGAUGACGUUGCUGCGCCGCUGGCAAGGGGCACAGCAGGGUGGACCCCUGAGGUUCCUGACGGGGUCAUACCGCGCGGGCUUCCACUGGUGGGAGUCGGGGCGCCUCAGCAAGACGAUGCUGAUCGCCUGUGUCGUGACGGCGUCGCCCAAGAGCUACUGCCCUCUCCAGCAGCUCCAGCUCUGCCUCCUCGUCACCGUCGCCUACGGCUUCUGGCACUGCUUCAACCGCCCGUACAAGCACCUCGUGCUCAACGUCGCCGAGGCCGGCUCGCUCUUCACGCUCAGCGUCGGCAUGGUGCUCUCGGGAGAGUGCUGGCGGGCGGCGGGUGGUCGCUCACCCCGGGCUUCAGGAGCAGCAUCAUCACCAGCAUCGCUGCGGUGCUGCUCCUCUACCUUCUCGGACUGGCGGGCCUCUGGGUGA